AUGCCAAAUGACAAUGGAUUUUUGAUAGUGUACGUUUUCACCGAAAUGCAUUUGAUCGAAAAUUUACCUUUUUUUCAGUCAAAUGUCUCACUAUCAAAAGUGUCAACCAAUUUUCGACCAAAAGUACUUGUCAGAAAUGCACACUAUCAAAAAUGCACGAUAAUUGGACCUGCACUCUAUUUUAAUAGUUGACGCACUGAAUAUAUUUUUUUUAAUAAAUUAAAAAUUAAAAACAUUUUUUUAUUAUUUUUAAAUGUUUUUUUAUUAUGAAAAUUUUGUAUUAUUAUUUAUAUAAAUAAAGUUGAAUCAUAUUUUUUGUUCCAAUUUUAA